ACUCAUAUUUCUUAAUGUUAUCCCACGUUUUUUCCAAAAUCCUUAAUCUUUACUUUAUUCCAGUUUUCGAUUAUUAACGAAUUACUUUCGAACUGAUGAACGCAUAUUUUUUUUUUUUGUUAAUAUUUAAAAUUAUAUUUUUUAAAUAUCGUUAUCGAUGUGGCUGUCAGCUAAAGCAAUAUAUUAUGUACUGUCACUUUCUUUCAGAGAUGAAUAUUUUAUUGAUAAUUGGCAACACCGAGAGCAUUAAUGAUAAAUUUAACGACUGUUUCAUUAUAAUGACGUUUAAGACCUUUUGAUGCUUAAGACUUGUUUAGUUUUUAUUUUUCCUUCUCGAUAUCGAUUACAGCAUGGGGCUUGCAGCUGUUCACCCUUAAAGUACACGCACAUCGACAUACACGGUCAUUUGCCGCGUCCACAUCACCUACCUUACAACGGAAAUCCCGUAUUGGCAUUGUCCUAUUGCUACCUGAUCCAAGGAAAAUGUCUCACAGUACGAAACGAUCUACCUUUCGAGAUGCAAUACGUCUGCGAAGUCGAUUGCAAAUCUGUCCACAUACCACCAUGUCAACCUUGCACGAUUCCCUGCGAGCCUGUUCCUAUACCCUGCACAGCUUCUCCUUGCGGUGGAUGUCUUCCAGAUUCUUGCUAUCCACCCUGUCAACCCUGUCAACCAUGUCAGCCCUGUCAACCAUGUUCUACCUGCGCAGAACCGGUAACAGUCUUAGAACCUAUGUGUCAACCGAAUGUUCAAAGAAAGAACUAAUGACACUGCUAUAUAUUUUGUUUUUUUAUAAUAAAAUAUUUCAAAAACUUUU